UUGGUCCGUGGCUUAUACAUUGGUGGUGGUAUAAUUUUAUUUGUUUGAAAAUUUAUGGCAUAAUAUAUAUAACAUCUUUGGUUUUUAAAUAUUCUUUCCAUCAGGAUUUUCAAGAAGAACAAUUCGAUACGUAGCGAUACGGAAUAGUUACAUACCACCUCGACCUCGUAUCGGUGUCCGAGUCCGAUACGGGACUCAGUGUCUAAGACGUUUGUACCCGAAACAUUAUCUAUAUGUGUGUUCGUAGCCGAUGUUUACGAUUAUGUACAUCGUGAUUGUUCCAUGCGGUACCACACCACAGACAAAAUAAAUUAUAGCUUGUAUAAAAUAUAAUAAAUUUGGUUUUGUUAUGCAUAAUAUAAACUAAUCAGUGGCGGGCGUCGACAGCAAGGCUCGACAUUUUCGGCAACUGGCAAGUGUUUCAAGAAAAUCGUUGAAUUUUGGCCGACCAGCUGACGUCGAUGUGAUGAAGAAUAUAAAACGGAGAAGGGGAAACGAUUGCAAAUAACGCGGCCAACAAUUCGUCUUGAUCGCCCGUAUGCCUGCCUGCAUUUCCAAAGGACAGCGAGCAAGGAGCAAAAUAUUAUAUGGAUAGCGAUAGCCUAACCACAGCCAACCGGGUGAAUCACUGAUCAGUCGUUGUCAAAUACUCUCAAAUGUGCCAUUACGACUUGUAUCCGUACUUAUAUGACUGGAUAAUAAUAAUAUAAUAAGUAAUAACCUUAUAUUAUUUUAUAUAAUAUGUUUUUUUAAUGCGACGUAGCUUUUAGGUAUGUAUUAUAUGUAUAUUUUUUUUAACUCACUUUAAUACUAUACUUUAUAUGAUAACAUAACUUAACGUACUAUGGAAUCGUCGACAAAUAAAAAUUCCGUUCAAUAUCUGAUCCGCAAUCCAUUUUCUACGUUGACGUAUGAAGAGCAAAUAGAAAUAAAGCAACUAGGACGGCCUACUCCAGACUUAAAAGGUCUCGUUUCAAUAUCGAAAAAAGCUAACAAAGAAUACACUCGUCGUUUUCAUGUAGAUACCUACAAAAAACACACGUGGUUAUGCGGGUGCGAAGUCGAACAAGCAGUGUUUUGUUUUCCGUGUUUAUGUUUUGGUAAUGAAACUUCGUGGACUAAUCGUGGUGUAAGGCACUUGGGUCAUUUAUCAUCGAAAAUAAAAAAACACCAAAAUUCAUUUGAUCAUUUGCAAAACGAAGUUAACCUUAAAGUACUCGGUAAUGGUAUUUUAAGCGAUAAAGCCGAUAAACUUCACGAAUUAGAAAUACAACGCCAUAACGAGCAAAUCGAAAAAAAUCGUUAUAUUCUGGAAAAAUACCUCAAAUGUGUACAGUUUUGUGGGAAAUAUAACCUUCCGAUGAAAGAUUUUACUAAAAAUAAUAUAAAGACUCCCGAAAAUAACUACAUCAGCGUAAUGCCAGGCGCUGUUGAACUAUGUAAAGGUUGUGACGUAAGUCUGCGUUGCUAUUUGGAAUACUCAAAUAGUAUAAAUUGGGCUUCUACGACAAUCCACGACGAUUUAUUGGACUGCAUAUUCCUUGUAGCCCGGCAGAAAAUUAUAUCGGAAAUCGAAAUGGUGCAAUUCGUUUCAAUAAUUGUUGACGGGACCACCCAUGUUUCAAGCACAGUGCAUUUGGUUAUACUGUUCCGCUAUGAAUUAAAAGGUAAACCCGUCGAACGUUUUUGGGGGUUUUUCAAAGCUGCCAAUGAAAACGAUGCAGAAUCACUGGCGCAGACGAUAUUGUCCGAAGUGAACUCGAUUUUAAAUGAUGCGCCGUACAAAUUAGUAGCUCAAUCGUACGGCGGUGCAGCGGUAAUGAGUAAAGUAAACGUUGGAAUUAAAGAAAUACACCCGUACGCUUAUUAUAUGCAUUGCCACGCGCACCAGUUGCAUAAAGAAUUGACCCAGUCGAUUUCUGGGAACAAAGAAGUCCAAAUGUUUUUUUCUGAUUUGUCAGACAUAACUGAAUUCUUUUCAAACUCGCCGCAAAGGGUUGCCGUGCUGGAUGGAAUAGUGGGCAAACGGGCAUCGCGGACCGGAUGCAAUUUCACCAGGCCAAGCGGCACUCUAAACGCGGUCUACAUGUAUCGAAGUGAGAUGAUGCAGUGUAUGAACAUAAUAAUGGGAACAUCGCAACAGACUUCGACAAUUAAACAGGCGGGAUCGAUAAACCGUCUACUGAGUGAUUCUGUGUUUAUACAGUGGUCGGCGGUCUUCAAUGAAAUAAUGCCACACAUCUACAGUCUGCACGACAAUGUGGAAACCGCCGCAUUGGACGAAUCUGCUGACGAACGUAUACCGAUUUUGGUUCAACAAUUCGAAAAACAAAUUUCUUACGUACGUAAUCAGGUUACUGAUAUUAUUGAAAUUGCUUCGAACUUGCCGGACGUGAAUGUUAAAAGAAACCGUUUGGACGAGCAUUGCUGUAAUCGUAGUAACCACCACUAUAACAAUGAAUCUCGAAAAUUAUUAGCUAUUGAAAUUUGCAAUUCUUUAAUUGAUAUAACUAAAGAUCGUUUAGAGUUCACUCAACACUUGACCGCAGUUAAGCUAUUUCAAUCUGAAAAAUAUCCCGUUUAUACGAAAAAAUUUCCAAUUCAUUUACUUCAAUGUACGGAUUAUUGUUACCCAUUUUUUGAUAAAGAUAGACUGAAAACUGAACUAAAUGUCUUGUAUUAUAGAGAUGACUUUCGUACUUUGUCUGGUAUUAUUCCAACACAUCAAUAUAUUUUGAAGAAUAAUAUGAUUGAUACUUUUAAAGAAGUUAUUUUGCUAUUAAGAAUAUUAAUAACAGUUCCUCCAAUGACCACAGGGCAGCAAAACAGUUUUUCAACUUUAAAAAGGAUUAAGACGUGCCUAGAAAACCAAAUGGUUGAAGAAAAAUUGAAUGCUCUAACAAUGAUAAAUAUUGAAAGUAAAAUGAUUUCAGAUGAUAUUGAUUUUAAUAAAAAAGUAAUUAAUAUGUUCAGUGAAAUGAACGAUAGAUGUUUAGAUUUUAAAUAUAAAACCAAGUAGUGUAAUCAAUUUUUAUUUCGUAUAAUUUAAAAUUGUAUUUAAGAAAA